AUCUUCGCCGUUCAUCGACAGCAGACUGAGCAGAAACACGCAAAGGAACACAGGAUAUUUCAAUCAUUUCGUAGGAUAAAUUGCAUGCAAAAUACAAGAUUGCUGACAAUUUGUUUAUUGUGGGAUGUGAUUAGUUUACUAGGUUAUUGAAUUCAAUUCUUUAUUUUAUCCUAAGAAUUUUUGGUAUCUACAUAUUAUGAGAUAAUUGAUAUAGAUGCGAUCGGACAUGGAAGCUUCUAACGGCUUGUUUCAACAGCAGAAUCAAACCCAAAUGGCUGUUGACAACGAUAUAACUAUGUUUACUCAAACCACCCACAUUCAACCGACCAACAACAACAACAUUGCCACAAACACAACCACGCAAACACUGGUCAACAACAACGAAACACCAACACAAGUUGUGACAACAUCGGUGGGCGGUGUUGCUGCUACCUUGCCCACCACAUCCAACAUGGUUGUCAGCCAUGACGUCAUCACGCCCUCACGUGUCGCCCAUGACGUCAUCACACCCUCACGUGUUACCCAUGACGUCAUCACCCCGACACGUGACGUCAUCACGCCGGUUAGCAGGCUGCAUAGUGUGCUGAGCAACAGCAGUGGCACGAUGACGCAGACAGCUGCGCAGACGCAGGCAGCUUCGUCGUCUUCUGCGCAUGUCAAGACAAAUCACACACAGGCCAGUGCGCCCGCCACCGUCGAUCCCCACAGUCACACCAAGAUUCUGAGCAAAACGCGACUGCAGGAGCUGGUGCGGGAGGUGGAUGCAACGGAGCAGCUGGACGACGACGUGGAGGAGAUUCUGUUGCAGCUGGCUGACGACUUUGUGGAGACCACGGUGACCGCCGCCUGUCUGAUGGCCAAGCAUCGCAAGGCCAGCACUGUCGAGGUCAAGGAUGUGCAGCUGCAUCUCGAACGAAACUGGAACAUGUGGAUACCGGGCUUCGGAACGGACGAGCUGAGGCCGUACAAGCGGUCGGCGGUCACCGAGGCUCACAAGCAGCGACUCGCGCUCAUCAGAAAAACGCUGAAAAAAUACUGAACAAAGUACAACCAAACUGUGGAGAUUUAUUUUUGCACCACCCCAGGUAUAUCAGUGUAACAACUAACAUUCAACGUUGUCAAUGUAUAAUUUCCUAUAAUAUGUUUAACCAACAAUUUAAUCGUUCUCGAAAAUAUAUUCUAUUAUUUCAUAAUAA